AUGUUCUUUACACGGCGUGCUUUGUGUGAUAUUAAUUUUUUAUCAGUCGCUAAUACACGCAAGAUGAAAUGGUGUCCAAAUGUGAGGAUAUUUAUGCGCAGAGUAUCAUCUGAAAUAAGAAGUAAUAGUUCCACGCAAGCGAGCGUGGUGGACUUUUACGCUGGGAAAUGUGUAUUCAUUACUGGUGGUUCCGGAUUUCUUGGAAAGAUAUUUUCAAGAUUGAAAAUGGAAAAGCCAAAAGCUUUACAAAAAGUCAUACCUAUUGUGGGUGACGUUAAGUCACUAAACCUAGGUAUAACUCAAAAAGAUCAAGAUAUGUUGAUUGAAAAGGUAUCCGUUGUUAUUCAUUCAGCGGCAUCAACUAUAUUUGACAAUUCACUAAAAGAGGCGUUAGAAACUAAUUACGAAGGUACUAGAAAUGUUUUAAGCCUAUGUAAGAGACUGAAAAAUAUUCAGGCAUUUGUGCACAUUUCAACUGCUUAUACAAACGUAGAUAAAAGCAUCAUAGAAGAAGUAGUAUAUCCACCACCAGCGAACAUCAGCGAUGUCUACAAAUACUUAAAAAAUCAUGGAGAUGAUAAAAAUCUGAACACAAAAAUUCUCAAUGGCAGACCAAACACGUAUAUAUUUACUAAAGCUUUGACAGAAGAUCUGAUUGCUAAAACACAUCAAAGCGUUCCUACCGUCAUGAUAAGGCCAUCAAUGGUGGGACCUUCUAAAGAUGAACCAUUGAAAGGAUGGCUAGAUAACAUAUCAGGAAAUCUGACAGUCUAUAAUUGCUGUACUGGCUCUACAAAUCCUACUUACUUAGGAGAAGUUUUUAAGUUUUUUAAUGAAGCUCCUAUUAAAUUUCAAGAUAAUUCAUACGGUUUCUACUUUCGUAAGGUAUUUAUUGCAAAUACGAAAUUAGCAAGUGAUAUACUGACGUUUUUGACACAAAUAGUUCCUGCCUAUAUCAUGGACCUCUCACUUUUUUUAAAAGGAGGCAAGCCAAGGUUUGUGGAGCUCCAGAAAAAGUUUAUUCCAAUGAGGGAUAAGGUACCGUAUUUCACUCUUAAUACCUGGCUUUUUAAAACGCGGAAGACACAAGAGCUCUAUUCCCAAAUGUCAGAGCAGGAUCGAUAUACAUUUCCUUUUAACUUAUCUGAUAUUAAAUGGCCUGAAUAUAUGCAUUUAUAUGCUAAAGCAGUGCACCAGUUACGAAAUAAUACGAAAUAA